AUCUCUUCCUCUCUCUCUCUCCCUCUCUCUGUCCCUAUCUCUCCCUGUCCCUAUCUCUCUCUGUGGGCCGGGUCAUGAGACUCAAGAGGUGGGUCUCCUUCAGUAAACGCGCAGUUGGAUUUCUCUCUCCAGCGUCCCGGAGGCAGAAACAAGUGCGUCCGUUCACUCAGUCCGCCGCUAACAUGGCAGAGGAGGCGAAGAAACUGGCCGCUUACGCCGCAGUGGACAACCACGUCCAGAACAACCAGGUGGUUGGAGUCGGCAGCGGAUCGACCAUCGUCUACGCUGUGGACAGACUCGCUGAGAGAGUGCGUCAGGAGAAGCUCAACAUCGUGUGUGUGCCCACCUCCUUCCAGGCCCGUCAGCUGAUUCUGCAGCACGGCCUCACGCUGUCGGAUCUGGACAGUCACCCAGAGCUGGAUGUGGCGAUUGACGGAGCGGACGAAGUGGACGCAGAUCUGACGCUGAUUAAAGGUGGAGGCGGCUGCCUGACGCAGGAGAAGAUUGUAGCCGGCUGCGCUAAACAUUUCGUCGUCAUUGCAGACUACAGGAAGGACUCCAAGGCUCUGGGCCAGCAGUGGAAGAAGGGAGUUCCUAUCGAGGUGAUCCCCAUGGCGUACGUUCCCGUCUCCAGGACCAUAGCCAAGCUCUUCGGAGGGGAGGCCACCCUGCGGAUGGCUGUCAGUAAAGCAGGUCCUGUGGUCACCGACAACAGCAACUUCCUCCUGGACUGGAAGUUUGAGCGCGCUGAGAACUGGAAGGAAGUCAACACCGCCAUCAAGAUAAUUCCAGGCGUGGUGGAGACGGGGCUUUUCGUCGGCAUGGCUGAACGGGCCUACUUCGGGAUGGCGGAUGGCAGCGUGCAGGUUCGAGAUCCUCCCGUCAACUAAGGAGUCCGUCAUGUUCACUGCAGCCACUU